AUGGCGGUGGAAGAAGAAAAGAGUUCGUAUUUAUUACGACCCAAGAUGAUUGCUCUUAUUUCUAUUGGUGCCACUUUUGUCAUCAUCGCAGCUGUUGGCAAUUCUCUCGUCGUCAUCGCGGUAAGAAAAAAACGAUCUUUACGAACAACUACGAACAUUCUUCUUGCCAAUGUUGCGGUAGCUGACUUGAUAACUUCUGUUUUUAUUCCUUUGCUGAGUCUACAGCGUAUUAUAUCAUUGCCAAAGGGUAUCUGGGCCGAUCUGUUGUGUAAGUUUGUCAUGGACUACCAUGUCCCUGUGACCUCAAGUUCAGCAUCUAUUUUCACACUCGCWGUAGUAGCUAUAGAAAGAUACCAUGCGAUCGUGAAGCCAAUGAGGUCAGGAGUGAGGCUUCGUGAAGAUACAGUAAAAUACGCCAUCAUCGCUGUCUGGGUGUUUGCUCUCUUAAUAACUUCACCACUCUAUAUAUUUGGUUAUUACAACGUGAUUUGCAAGCAUGGRUACCCUGGGAAUGUAGACUUUUACGGAAGCUCUGUCAUCCCUUUUGCAGUACUGGUAAUACUUUUACCUCUUGCAGUUACUUUYUUCUGUUAUUUCCAAGUAGUGAGAGAACUUUAUUUCAAGAAGACGGUAGCACCACAAAAUAACGCCCUCGCUGAGGCAGACARGCAGUCCAAACGAAAACUCAUAAAAGUCGCUCUUACAGUCACUGCAGCAAACACAGUGUUUCUUCUUCCUUUGGGCAUUCUUGGAAUUUUUAAGUCUCUUGARAAAGUAUCUCAUGAGGUUUUUACCGCGAGUGUGGCCGUUUUUUUCUUAGAGAAUGCUAUCAACCCAUUUUUGUAUUCUUUUCAAAGCACGAAUUUCCGCCAAGCUUUUAAAGAAAUAUUAAAGUGGAAAACUUAA